AAAUACUUUGAAGGUUAUCAUCCUAAAAGAGGUUUUGCUUUGUUUAACGUCUGUCUGGUCUUGUCGGGUUAAGAAACGAAAAUGGCAGGUGUGAGUAGCUGCAUGAAGUAUACUAUGUUCAUCUUCAACUUCAUCUUUUGGGUAUGUGGAUGCAUUAUUCUGGGAGUCUCCAUAUGGCUGCGUUUAAGCGUCUCCGAUGUCGAUAUCAGUGAUAGCAGCGCGUUUACCAGUAUAUACAUCCUCAUUGCUGUGGGCUCCAUCAUAAUGGUGCUUGGUUUUCUGGGUUGCUGUGGUGCCAUGAAGGAAAGCCAGUGCAUGCUCCUCCUGUUUUUCAUUGGACUACUAGCAAUCCUGCUUCUUCAAAUUGUAGCAGGUGUUUACGGAGGUGUGCAUAAAUCUCAGAUGCAAGAUGUCCUGAACAAGACCCUGAAUGAGACGUCUAAGUUGUUACAAACUGUUACAACCACCAAUAAAGAAGCACUUGAGAAUUUUCACAAGUUUGAGAUUAAGAACAAAUGUUGUGGUUUGUUUAAUGGAGUGUCAGACUGGGGACAAAAUCUUAACACAUAUGAUGGCUGUGUAUGUGACAAGGAAGACCAAAAGUCAAAUGACUGUGCAGGCAAUCGGUAUAAGGAGCCUUGUGGUGCAAUAAUAAUCAAAUUCUUCAAGGAAAAUAUGGCCAUAGUUAUGGGAAUUGCAUUUGGAUUGGCAUUUAUUGAGGUUCUUGGUAUGGUGUUUUCAAUGAUCCUUUACUGCCAAAUCCAGGGAAAAUGACACCACGGAAGUGUCAGAAGUAUGUCACCAGCCAAAUGAGAAACCUUUGUAGAUUGAGAGAUUGAUGUUUGGUUUGGCACCCUACAAUAAAUGCCAGAAACAGCUGUGAUGAUAACAGGCGAAGCAUCGAUGGAUAAAGAUUCUU